CUCGCCCACCUCCCUCCCUGUGGGAGAAGAGGAGGAGGGGAAGUGACUGCGGAGUUGAUGAACUUUGCACAUCCAGAAACGCCAUUUUGAUUCCUUUUCCGGAACAAGUUUGCAUCUCUCCUCGUUCUCUCCCCGAAGCCCACCGGUCCCCACCGCAUCAUGCCUGGGAGCCAAGCGUCCUGGCCGGCCGUUGCUCCGCCUUUGUGCUCCAGCAGUGGUGGCUUUGAGGUGUGACCCUGCGCACGUUUGGACCCAGGCAGUUUUAGCUCCUCAGUAAGGAGGGCAGCUUGAUAAGAGCAAGGAAACAGUGUCAAGGAGCGAUACCAAGAGAACAGAAGACGUGAAUGCAGACUCAUUUCCUGCCACAUGCAGGUGGUAGCUGCAGCAGGGGGGAUUUCAUAGUCUCUCAUUUGGGGCAGAAAAUGGAGUUCUAUGGCAGAGGCUUCUUAGAAGCUUAAACCCCUGUCCCAAUGACGUCAAGUUCACCUGUUGGCUUGGAAGGUUCAGACCUGUCUUCCAUCAACACCAUGAUGUCAGCGGUAAUGAAUGUAGGGAAGGUCACCGAGAAUGGCGGAAGCCCCCAGAGCAUCAAGUCCCCUGCGAAGCCUCCAGGACCAAAUCGGAUUGGCAGAAGGAACCAGGAAACGAAAGAGGAGAGGUCUUCCUAUAACUGCCCCCUGUGUGAAAAGAUUUGCACUACCCAGCAUCAGUUGACUAUGCACAUUCGUCAGCACAACACGGACACUGGAGGCGCCGACCACUCAUGCAGCAUCUGCGGGAAGUCGCUGAGCUCGGCCAGCUCCCUGGACCGCCACAUGCUGGUGCACUCUGGCGAGAGGCCUUACAAAUGUACCGUGUGUGGUCAGUCUUUCACCACCAAUGGGAACAUGCACAGACAUAUGAAGAUUCAUGAGAAGGACCCUAACGGUGCAGCUGCAGCCCCUCCGUCCCCUCUGAAGCGCAGGAGGCUGUCCUCCAAGAGGAAACUGAGUCAUGAUGCCGAGUCAGAGAGAGAAGACCCAACGCCAGCUAAAAAGAUGGUAGAAGAUGGGCAGUCGGGUGACAUGGAGAAGAAGGCUGACGAGGUCUCUCACUGCCCGGUAUGCUUCAAGGAGUUUGUUUGCAAGUAUGGACUGGAGACCCACAUGGAGACCCAUUCAGAUAACCCACUCAGAUGUGACAUCUGCUGCGUCACCUUCCGAACACAUCGCGGACUGCUGCGCCACAAUGCGCUUGUCCACAAACAGCUUCCCAGGGACGCGAUGGGAAGGCCUUUCAUACAGAACAACCCUUCCAUUCCUGCUGGCUUCCACGACUUGGGAUUCACUGACUUCUCCUGCAGGAAGUUUCCUCGCAUUUCCCAGGCCUGGUGUGAAACAAACCUGCGAAGGUGCAUCAGCGAGCAGCACCGUUUCGUCUGCGACUCCUGUGACAAGGCAUUCCCCAUGCUGUGCUCUCUGGCCCUGCACAAGCAGACCCACAUCGCCACAGACCAGGAACGGGAAAAGCUGCCUGCCAAGCCCCUGCCUGGCGACACCCUGGACCAGAAGGUCUUCCUGGCCUUGCUGGGCCUGCAGCACACCAAAGAUGCCAGGCCCACCCCCGCCGAGGAGCCCCUGCCUGACGACAACCAAGCAAUACAGCUCCACGCACUCAAGUGUCAGCUACCUCAGGACCCCGGCUGCGCCAAUGCGCUGAGUCUGUCACCUUUCGAAGCUGCUUCUCUGGGCGGUUCUCUCACGGUCCUUCCAGCCACCAAGGAGAACAUGAAGCAUCUGUCCCUGCAGCCCUUCCAGAAGGGCUUCAUCAUCCAGCCCGACAGCAGUAUUGUGGUCAAGCCCAUCUCGGGAGAGUCUGCCAUCGAGCUGGCCGACAUCCAGCAGAUCCUGAAAAUGGCUGCCUCGGCCCCCCCCCAGAUCAGUCUUCCGCCUCUCUCCAAGGCCCCUGCCGCCCCCCUGCAGGCCAUUUUCAAGCACAUGCCUCCUCUGAAGCCAAAGCCCCUGGUCACACCGCGGACGGUGGUGGCAGCCUCCACGCCCCCGCCUCUCAUCAACACCCAGCAGGCCUCCCCGGGCUGCAUCAGCCCCAGCCUCCCCCCGCCCCCGCUGAAGCUGCUCAAAGGUUCGGUGGAGGCGGCCUCGCAUGCCCACCUGCUGCAGUCCAAGUCCGGGGCCCAGCCUGGCCCGGCCUCGCUCUUCCUGCAGCAGCCGCGGGCUGAGCUGCCAGGCCAGCCUGAGAUGAAGACGCAGCUGGAGCAGGACAGCAUCAUCGAGGCCCUGCUGCCCCUGAGCAUGGAGGCCAAGAUCAAGCAGGAGAUCACGGAGGGGGACCUCAAGGCCAUCAUGACGGGCCCCGGCAGCAAGAAGGCGCCCGCCAUGCGCAAGGUGCUGUACCCCUGCCGCUUCUGCAACCAGGUGUUCGCCUUCUCGGGGGUGCUGCGCGCGCACGUGCGCUCCCACCUGGGCAUCUCGCCCUACCAGUGCAACAUCUGCGACUACAUCGCCGCUGACAAGGCCGCGCUCAUCCGCCACCUGCGCACGCACAGCGGGGAGCGGCCCUACAUCUGCAAGAUCUGCCACUACCCCUUCACCGUCAAGGCCAACUGCGAGCGCCACCUGCGCAAGAAGCACCUCAAGGCCACCCGCAAGGACAUCGAGAAGAACAUCGAGUAUGUGAGCAGCAGCGCGGCCGAGCUGGUGGACGCCUUCUGCGCGCCCGACACCGUGUGCCGGCUGUGCGGCGAGGACCUCAAGCACUACCGCGCGCUGCGCAUCCACAUGCGCACGCACUGCGGCCGCGGCCUGGGCGGCUGCCCCAAGGCCCGCAAGCCCUUCGAGUGCAAGGAGUGCAGCGCCGCCUUCACCGCCAAGCGCAACUGCAUCCACCACAUCCUCAAGCAGCACCUGCACGUGCCGGAGCACGACAUCGAGAGCUACGUGCUGGCGGCCGAUGGCGGCCUGGGCCCCACCGAGCCUCCACCCGCCGAGGCCCCCGGGAGAGGGGAGGAGGCCGGCUGCACGGCCUCGGGUGACCGCAAGCCCCUCGCCGCCUUCCUGGAGGCCCAGAAUGGCUUUCUCCACGGGGGUCCCACCCAGCCUCUGCCGCCUCACGUCUCCGUCAAGCUGGAGCCCGCCAGCAGCUUUGCGGUGGACCUCAACGAGCCCCUGGACUUCUCGCAGAAGGGCCUGGCCCUGGUCCAAGUGAAGCAGGAGAACGUCCCCUCCUUCCUGAGCUCUUCUUCCUUGGCCCCCUACGACUGCCCCAUGGAGCCCAUCGACCUGUCCAUCCCUAAGAACUUCAGGAAAGGAGACAAUGCAGCUGCCCCCAGCGAAGCCAAGAAGCCGGAGCAGGAAGCCGAGAGCAGUGAGCAGCCUGCUCCCUGUCUGCCACCAUGCCCUGCCUUGCCGGUGACUUUGGGGCCCAACGGGAUCCUGGAAAACCCUGCAGUGACUGCCACAACAGCCACCACCCUGGAGCCCCACUCCCAGGCCCUGCAGGGCUCCGUUCAGCUCGCUGUCCCCAUCUACUCCUCAGCUCUGGUGAACAGCCCCCCGCUCUUGGGCAACUCCACCGUCAUAAGCAACUCAGCCCUCCUGAGCAGCUCAGCCCUGCUGCGGCCGCUGCGGCCCAAGCCCCCCCUGCUCUUGCCAAAGCCCCCUGUGACAGAGGAGUUGCCCCCACUGGCCUCCAUCGCCCAGAUCAUCUCAUCCGUGUCUUCGGCCCCCACCCUCCUGAAAACCAAGGUGGCAGACCCAGGGCCCACGAGCACUAGCAGUAACACUGCCACUUCAGAUGGCUUUGGAAGCACCAUCCCUAAAGUCGCCACCACCCCCUCUGACGCCACCAGCCCAAAAGAAUCCAGUGACCCACCCCCUACGGCCAGCAGCCCAGAAGCAGCCUCACCCACCGAGCAGGGGCCGGCUGGCUCAUCCAAGAAGAGGGGUCGGAAAAAGGUGAUGAGGAGCCGGUCCCAUGCCAGCAGCAGCGGGGUGGACCUAGACUCCAGUGGGGAGUUUGCCAGCAUUGAGAAGAUGCUGGCCACCACGGACACCAACAAGUUCAGUCCAUUUCUGCAGACUGCAGAGGAUGACACUCAGGAUGAGGUGGCUGGGGUCCCCGCCGACCACAAUGGGCCCAGCGAUGAAGAGCAGGGAAGCCCCCCAGAAGACAAGCUGCUGAGGGCAAAGCGGAACUCCUAUGCCAACUGCCUGCAGAAGAUCAACUGUCCCCACUGCCCCCGGGUCUUCCCUUGGGCCAGCUCCCUCCAGAGGCACAUGCUCACACACACUGGUCAGAAACCCUUCCCUUGUCAAAAAUGCGAUGCCUUCUUUUCUACCAAAUCUAACUGUGAACGCCACCAGUUGCGCAAACACGGACUUACCACCUGUUCCCUGAGAAGAAACGGGCUUAUCCCCCAGUCCAAAGAGAGUGAUGUUGGAUCCCAUGAUAGCACAGAUAGCCAGUCGGACACAGAGACUGCUGCCACAGCAGGCGAAGUGCUGGAUCUUACCGCACGUGACAAGGAGCAACAGCUGCAGCAGCAGCCAGCACCACCACUGCCACCGCCAUCAGAGGGAGACACUGAGCUCAGCCAGGUCGCAGAGGACCCCCCUGCAGAGGCGGUCAAGGCCGGGACCACCUCCCCUGUGACCAGAGAGGAAAAGGAGGCCGAGGAGAACCAGGAGCCAGAGGAAGAGUGUGGCAUGGAGGAGGGGGAUGGGGAAGGCCCAGAGGAAGAUGCGGCCAGCAACAGGAGCCUGGACCUCGGCCUGGCCAGCAAGCUGAUGGGCUUCAGGCUGGCCGAGGGUGAGGCUGGCGCCACAGGCAGUGGAGGCUGUGCCCCACAGGACCAGAGGCACGCCUGCGACACCUGCGGGAAGAGCUUCAAGUUCCUUGGCACCCUGAGCCGCCACAGGAGGGCCCACGGCCGCCGGGAGCCCCAGGAUGAGGAGGAGGCACUGCCCCUGGCUCUGGAGGGCGAGGGUGGAGCGGCCGAGGAGCCCGUUCAUGCCGUGGAGCCAGAGGAGAAGCCCGCCGAGCCCCCAGCAGCAGUGGAGCCAGCCCCGGACACCGGGGAGGCCUCAGGGGAGAAGCAGAACGAGGAGGCGGAGGGUCCCUCAGAUGGGGAGGGCACGGCCGAGAAGUCCUCGGAAAAGAGUGGUGAUGACAAAAAGCCAAAGACAGACUCCCCCAGGAGUGUGGCCAGCAAGGCGGACAAGAGGAAGAAGGUGUGCAGCGUGUGCAACAAGCGGUUCUGGUCCCUGCAGGACCUGACCCGGCACAUGAGGUCGCACACAGGGUCCCUGGGAGGGGUCCGUCCUGUCCUUCCACAAGAUUCAAGGCUGGGGGAAAGGCCAUACAAAUGUCAGACCUGCGAGCGAACCUUCACGUUGAAGCACAGCCUGGUUCGCCACCAGCGGAUCCACCAGAAAGCCAGGCACCCCAGACACCAUGGGAAGGACAGCGACAGGGACGAGCGGGGUGAGGAGGACAGUGAAGACGGGUCCACCCACAGCGGCAACAACCCCGUCUCAGAGAACGAGGCCGAGGUGGUGCCCAGCACCAGCAACCACGUGGCCGUCACCCGGAGCCGGAAAGAGAGCAGUCGCCGGGAGGAGCGGGCCACGGUGGCUCGGGCGGGCGGCCCUGACCUGGAGAGCCCAGCCACUCUGGUGCAGGACCUUCCGGAGCCGCGCAGCAAGAGGCCCAGUGCCCCUGUCCUGGCCGCUGACAGUGCCCCACAGCUCUUGGGGAUGGAGUGACAGCCCGCCCUGUCCCCCUCAGCACACAGACAAAAGCCAGCAGAGCCUCCGCGUCUGCACCUCACAAGGUUUCCUCGGUGCCCUCCAGCUGUUAGGGAGGGAGAGCGAGAGACACAAGCAGAGCGUGGCCCUUCACCCAGUGCCAUAGCCCCCGCGCCACUGGGCGCCACCGGGCUCCACCGCAGCAUGCGCCCGUGCCAGUGCCUUAACUACUUACCAGAUCCUCCCAUGUCAUCGAGGGUGUUGUGUUUUCCCAAAAUGACUUUUUAGCAAAACAAAUAUUUUAAUGAAUUGUUGGGAGAGGACCUCUUCAUUUAAGCAUUAACGUGACCUUUUGUAUUGGUGUGUGUGCACUUGUGCUGGUGAAUCUGUGAUAGUACUGUUUGUUCUGUGAGCUGGAAACAGAAGAAAAAAAACAUACCCUUGGAUACCCAUAGCCAAUAACUGGAAGAAAAUGAUGUGAAUUUCAUGUAAAUGACCCGAGGAAAGAUCGAUAAGAUGCUAAUUUCUCAAAUAGACCCUUUGUUUUCUUUCUCCGCUUCACAGUGGAGCUAUGAAUCUGGUCCUCGGUAUUACAGGAUCUAGUCGAUGAAAGUUUCCAGUAUGGUUUUAAAUCAAAACCAGGAAAGAUUCUAGCUUCAGCCUCGUAAAUGUUUCCACUGUUUCAGCAUUAGACAAGGUUACUGUUCAAGUUUCAAGACAUCCAUUCUUAACUUACAGAAAAGAGUUACCCCCUGGCAACUUAACCUCUGGAAAACAUGCAUGGAUGUCAUACAUUUGAUUCUCCCACUCCCCUUUCGGUAUAUGUAUUAUUAAUAUUAUUAUUAUUAUUAUGUUUAGUUCAUCAGCUUGCUGGUCUCUGCAGUCAGCAGAAACAAAUGGGCAAUAUUUGUCCUGGGAGACCUGCGCCACCCCCAGGUCCCCGCCGGCACCUUGGGUGGUAGCUCUUCUACUGUACUCAGACGAGCCUUUCUUCCAUGACUGCAGAAUCCAUCAGGGGCCACGAGCGGUCCUUCUGAGCACCGCCAAGGAGCCGCUGCACCGGGAGAGCAAGGAUGUGUGCGUCCCGGAGCAGGCAGCCCACGGGAGCGCUGUAGAGAUGGCUCUAGAGAAAGCAGGGCAGUGACGAGGCCGGUUACUCAUGAGCAAGGUAUUCCCAGUCUUCCUGCUAAGCCCGGUCCCAGCCUUACCCACCUGUGCUACUGUCAUUUGCAAAGCGAGGAAAUACUACUACUGGUAAUAAAACUACACACGCAAGAUUAAAGAUGAGAAAUAGAUUUAUAUUUACCUUCCUGCGGUGUGGGGUUGGUGUCUGAAGAUAAGCGUGCUGUUCUUAGUUUCUUCAGUAGCCUGAGCCUCUGGGUGCAAACAGGCAGGAUUCUUUUUAUUCAUGAGCAUUCUAUGCAGGCAAUAGACUUCCCUCACUGUAGCCGCCAGCAGUGGAAAGAAAUACAUCCUACUGUAGCAGAGCUAGUGUUCAGCAUCCUGUCCUUCACCUGAGACCUCCAGGACACUGAGCCGGGCUGCUGGGCUUGCCCUGCCACCUGGAGCCUCUUGCCUUCUGCUAGGGGAGGUGCCCUCUACCCAGAUUCACCUUCCCUUUCUAUUUCUUGCUCUUUCUGGCCCCAAGUGCUCCUCCUUUUCUUGUAUUGUGCACGCAGAGACACACAUACCCCUUUUUCUCCACUUCACCAACUUCUGGUGGCUAAAAUCCAACCUCCCAAGACUUCAAAGGAAGAUAUUCUUGAGAUAAUGAAAAACGAUAUCUUUGCAUAUGAAAGGAAAAAAGGUUGAGGUAUACAUGAUUUUUUAACUGUAUUAGGGAUUUAUGAACCAGUUUAAAAACAAGGUUUUAUUUACUGUAGAGAUGAAUGCAAAUCAGAACCAAUAAUUCCUUGGUCCACUUAGUUAAAACCAGUUCAUACAUCCCUUUGUUUUGUUUUGUUUUUAAACGAUGAUUGUUAUUGUUAUUGUUGUUAUUAUUAUUUGGGGUUUCUUGUGUUUUGUUUUUCUUUGCAACUCUCCACACUAAACUCGCAAUAUUGUGGGGAGGAGCCAUGACUGAACUCUAUACUCGGUGAGAUGUAGCAGUCUUAAGCGCCCAGUGACGGAGGUCGCCGGGGCUGCAGCUCGCAGUAAUCACUAUUGAUUUAAAGCUUUAUUUAGCCUUGAUCUGUGCCCUCGUAGUCAAUAAGGUCUUGCCACAUUUUUUAGUGAGGUUGAGAAAUGUAUUAUUUGUUUGUUGUUCUGCCCCUUUCCCCGAUAUUAAACUGUGAAAUUUGUGAUUUGUUUAAACUCUGGGUGAAUCAUAGCUUAGUUUGCAUGUCCAGCUAAUUUGUUUCUAUACAUUUUGUUUGAUUCUCUUUCUCCUUCUCUCAGGGCUUUUACAAAAAAAUAUAUAUAUAUGGAUCUUCUGAAAAGUUUUUUGAGGUGCAAGUUUUUUCUCUAUUGUUUUUAUCUCUUUGAUCAGUGGACACAGUGCUGAGAUUCAAUCACUACAUGAAACACUUGGCUGUGGAAACAAAACAGAAACAUCCGAAGGUCUGUUUCCCAAACAGCCUGGGGGGCUUCAUGACAGUCGGAUGCCAAUUUCAGAAAGAUUCAUCCUACGUUCUGACCCUCUGUUCGUCUCUUUCCUCUCCUCUCUUUCUUCAAGAAGGAAGUUGAUCCUAGUGAUUUCAGCCCAUGCAUUAAACAGGAAACAAUAAUAAAUGUGUAGAAUUCAUAUUUUUCUAAAGGGAACUUAAAAACUGCUGCUACGUGUUAUGUACAAAACUGGUUUAUGCCACAUGAACAGAGAAUCACAAGUUUGGUUUUGGUACUUUUUGUUCCUCUUUGUAUUCAGUUGUAUAGAACUUCCAAAUUCAGAAUGAAAAGAAGCUGUUCUGUAUCAAACCAUCUAAGCAAUAAAUGUUAUAUUUUAAAAACGGCGCAUUGCCAGUCA